CCAAAUGAUAGAAAUGUUAAUAGUCUUUGGUUCCCCCCCGGGGUCUAGACACUGGUGGGGAUGUUGAAGAUCUGGAUUUGAAGAGGAGGAGGGAUGAAGAGGAUGCUCAAGAUCUGGAUUUGGGGAGGAGGAGGGAUGAAGAGGAAGUGUGAUGAGGAGGAGGGAUGAAGAGGAUGCUGAAGAUCUGGAUUGGAGGAGAUGUGGUUUUUGGAUUAGCUCUCCUGGCACUGGAGGUGGAUGGGGUGGAGGUGGGCCGCAGUAUAAAUGCCUGAAAUCAUAGCUGACUGCAGGAGAACCAUUUUAAAGUUUGACUGCAGCAUGAUGAUUGGCUGCUGGAGAUUGAGGUGAAAUGUAAUUGGUUCAAAGAUGAUGCCCAUAAUGAUCUGACUACAUGCAGCUGUGGAGUAAAUUCAUGCAUUCCCAGUCUUCCCGCUUGAACUUGAGCUGAGCUUCAUGAAAUUAUUUGAAUAUUUCCUCCUCCACUCCCUCUUCGCGACGGGCAACUGAGAGGAGGAGCAACACUGAAACAGGAGAGUUAUAACUUCACAGAAAUGGAAAGGUAAAGUUAGUGUGAGCAGAGCUGCGGUCCAGACAGCGUCUCUGUUUCUCUGAAGAAACAACUGAAUCCAGCAGCUUCUUCUCAACAACAGCAGAACCUCUGAAACACUGUCCUCAGAGUGAAGACAUGUCUGCUGCCAGCUGUCUGCUGACUGAAGAUCAGUUUCUGUGCUCCAUCUGUCUGGAUGUGUUCACUGAUCCAGUCAGCACACCAUGUGGACACAACUUCUGUAAAGCCUGCAUCUCUCAACACUGGGAUACUAAAGUCCCCUAUCAGUGUCCCAACUGUAAAAAGUUAUUCCACACAAAACCUGAAAUGCUGGUCAACACUUUCAUCUCUGAGAUGGCUGCUCAGUUCAGACAGUCAGCUCAACAGAAAGCCAGCAGCAGCAGCUCAGAGCGACAAGUUGUCAAACCAGGAGAAGUUCCCUGUGACGUCUGCACUGGAACCAGACUGAAGGCCCUGAAGUCCUGCCUGGUGUGUCUGGAGUCCUACUGUGAGACUCACCUGACAAGAGCAGGCCUGAAGAAACAUCAGCUGAUCAACCCUGAGGAGAACCUGGAAAGCAGGAUGUGUGUGAAGCACGAUAAACUGCUGGAGCUGUUCUGUAAGACCGACCAGGUGUGUGUCUGCGUGCUCUGCACUGUUUCAGACCACAAGACACAUGAUGUUGUUCCUCUGAAAGAAGGAUAUGAAGGAAAGAAGGCUGAGCUGGGGAAGACAGAGGCUGAAACUCAGCAGAUGAUCCAGAAGAGACGACUGAAGAUUCAGGAGAUGAAUCGCUCAGUGGAGCUCAGUAAGGAAGGAGCAGACAGAGAGAUAGCAGAUGGUGUUCAGGUCUUCACCGCUCUGAAGAAGUCUGUUGAGAGAAGCCAGGCCGAGCUCAUGGACACCAUCAAAGAGAAGCAGAGAGAGACAGAGGAACAGGCUGAAGGCUUCAUCAAAGAGCUGGAACAGGAAGUCUCUGAGCUGAAGAAGAGAAGCUCUGAGGUGGAGCAGCUCUCACGCUCUGAAGACCAGCUCCACCUCCUCCAAGGCUUCAGGUCCCUGAACGCUGCUCCACCCACCAAGAACUGGACAGAAGUCAGGGUACGUCCACCUUCAUAUGAGGGGACUGUGAGGAGAGCUGUGACUCAGCUGGAGGAGAUGCUCAGUAAUCAGAUGAAGAAGCUGCUUGAGGUGGAGCUGAAGAGCGUCCAGCAGUAUGAGGUGGAGGUGACUCUUGAUCCUGAUACAGCACAACCCAGACUCAUCCUGUCUGUUGAUGGAAAACAAGUCAAACAUGGUGGUGUGAGGAAGAAUCUCCCAGACAAUCCAGAGAGAUUUGAUACUUGUGCUUGUGUCUUAGCAGAGCAGAGUUUCUCUUCAGGAAGAUUUUACUACGAGGUUCAGGUUAAAGGGAAGACUGACUGGGAUUUAGGAGUGGUCAGAGAGUUGAUCAACAGGAAGGGAAAGAUCACAGCGUCUCCUCAGAAAGGUUACUGGACGAUAUUGUUGAGGAAUGAAAAUGAGUACAAAGCUCUUGCUAGUCCUUCAGUCCGUCUCUCUCUGAAGUCUCAGCCUCAGAAGGUGGGGGUGUUUGUGGAUUAUGAGGAGGGUCUGGUCUCCUUUUAUGAUGUUUAUGCUGCAGCUCUGAUCUACUCCUUCACUGGCUGCUGCUUCAAAGAGAAACUCUGCCCAUUCUUUAGUCCUUGUAAGAACAAUGGUGGUAAAAACUCUGUCCCUCUGAUCAUCUCUCCUGUCAAUCACACUGAGUAGAACAACCCUUUGAUUUGAAAUCAGGUUCAAUAUCAUGUAAUGUUAUAAAUGGAUGUGUUUUAGGGGGUGGGCGUUGUUUACACUUUAUUAUCAGAUUGUGAUCAAUGCAUUUUUUUCUGUAAAUGUUUUCAUUGCUACUAAAACAGCAAACCAAUUUGACUACAAAUGAUCUGAUGAAUUCUAAAAACUCUAUUACCUGCCUUUGAAACUGUAAUAUCAUAGAAGAAAAACAUAGGAAAUGAGAAGCAUUUGUACUUUCCUGACAUGACUAUGUGCUAAAUCUAACAUUGUAUUGUCUAAUUAUUGAAUAGAUAGGAAAUGUUGGAUAUUGGCUCAAGACCAUUUUAUGAAUAAGUCACAAAAGCAAUUAUUGUUAUCUCUUUUCUUUGGAAUAAAUAAAGUAAAAUGAAUGUCUGAUGAAAUGUUUUUGUUUGUUAUUACAGUAAAAAAACAGCUGAUUUUAUUAUAACGGCACCAAAUAACAUAAAGAACACCAUGAGCUGUUCUCAGAUGAGCUGAACAUACCUCUUCACAGUUGAGAUAGUUUAGUAGGAAGUGUGUGAUAAUGUUGUUUAUAAGGUUUUGGGGUGUGUGUGAACAGCUGAUUUGAACACUGUAACUACUCUGGUCUUGAAAGAACUUUAGGCAUCGAACUGAUGUCCACAAUCACGUUUAUUCUCUUCUUUGCAGAAUCAUGAAACACCGUGAAAACGUGUUUGCCUAGUAGACCAGCAGUAGAAUCACAUCGUUUACACUUUUACCGCCCUCUACUCUCUCACAAACACAAUAUAAACAUCCGGGGCAAGAGGUCACAUGACUUCCGGAAAGACAACCCUUAUCAUUUUUACAAAAUAAAACAAAGUUCAAGCAUACAUUAAACACACAAAAAGGACAAAACAAUAAUAAGGGACCUUUGAGCGUCAGCUACACUCUGUGCUCCAUCACGAGGGACAUCUGAGGAUACAUUUACUUUGUUUUUGUUGUUUGUUUGUUUUAGUUUUUUCAUAGAUCUUUUCUUUAAUGUAUUUUCCUUUUUGUUCGUAUUAGUUCAUUUAAUUAUUUUUGGAGCAAGUACAUGUUUGGUGUAAUUUUGAAAUCUUGAAUGUAAUGUAAUUAAACCCCUACUGCUAUUCUCAAUAAAAGUAUACA